AUGGGCCCGGGGCGGGAAGGGCGGCGCCGCGCCCCUCGGGACUCCGGGCGGCUCCCGACGUGGGGCGGGUCCCCGGGAGCGGAGAGGGUCUCCCGGCGCGGAGUCUCCCGGGACGGAGGGAGGGGCCGGCCCGGCGCGCUGGAGACGCGCGGCUCCAGGAGCGGCUAGCUGAGGUCCUGCGGCCGCGGGUUGGCGGCGGCCUCGGGCUCUUUCCUCCUCUUUCCCCGGGCUGCGCGAGUCUGGUCCACACCGCGCGCCCGCAGACUGGGUCGGAGAGCUGCUGGGGGCCGGGAUCGGCGCGGGUUCUGACCCGCGGUCCCACUGCUUGGUCUCGGCGACGACAGUCAUCCCCAGUCGGUGUUCUUAAUUCAUCCGAGCAGCCCUGUGCCCUCCUCCUCCCAGAAACGCGAUUCUUUUCUAGAACGUCCUAAAUGCUGUCUCAAAAGGGAACGAAGUGCAGAAUUGUGUUCGAAACGUGAACGCUUAUUAGAUAUUUCGCCUCUGCGUGUAUUUAUAUGUAUAUUGUAGUCUUGUACAAAUUAGAUGACUCUUUCACCAGGAUUAGUACUGUAUUGGUACUUGCAAAGUCUUUAUUAGGAUUUCGUCAUUGCUUGAAAGAAACCAGUCUCUUCCCUGAUAAAAAAUAUGAAUAGAUUGUUAGUCAUAAACUUAAGUGCAGUCAGAAUAGAGACUGUAGCUUUAAAAGAGAUGUGUUGGUGACUUUAGGUACACCUGCAACACAGGUAGGGCAAGACUGGUUUCUAGGCAACUGUCAGGGGUGAAGAAAGGUGAGGUUAAAAUGCUUUCCCCCCUCCUUCUCUUCUGGAGAACAAGUGUUCUGCAAAAUUUCAAGCUUUUAUAAAUCUGUUAAGAAUGCAGUGAGAAAGCAUUUGUUGAGAAGACUGAGGCAUCGGAUUAAGUUCACCAUACCUUGUCUUGCUUUCUUUUUUUAAACUGCAUUUCUCUUUUUUUGUUUUUCCUUUUUCUUUUCUUUUUUAAACCUCACUGGAAUUAUGUAGUUGUAAGUGCAGUUUUCCUUAAAGGCAUUUUGAUACCCAUUUCAGGAAAUGACCAAAUUUUGUUAAGACCAAAAUGAAAGAAAUCAGGUCCUUGUUAACAGGCUGACGGUGAUUGGUUAUCAGUAUGUUAUCAAUCAGUCAGGCUUGUUUGCAGAUAUUAGCAUAUUUGAAGAGAACUACAAAUUGGUUAUAGCAUGGAGUUCAUUGCCUUCACUUCAAACACAGAGGUUUCCUUUUCAGCUGUGUGUUCUUGUGGACACUCACUGGGACUAACAGUAUAUAACCCAACAGAUACUAGAUUGUAAACUCCUUAAGGGCAGGAACCCUGACUUGCACAGCUUCUGUCUUAGGCAGCUUUGCACAUUAGUUGAUGAUUGAUAAAUAAUUUCAGGAAAGCAUAUUUUACAUUUUAAAAUUCAGCAGGAUUGCACCAGUCACUGAUAAACCUCAGAAAACAAAUCUGCUUUUUUCGAAUGGCUGUUAUGAAAUGUCUGAAUUAUUUGUAUUUUUGACAGAUAGGGAGAACCAGCAUUGUGAUGCACUGGGUUUCCUACUUGAAGUUCACAGUGGAUGCUAGUCGCUCGGUUCUGUGAGAUUUAAUUACAGUGUACACCUGAGUUUUUGUGUGGAAAGAGCUCUUAACUGCCGCUCCUCGGAAGCUGAACCAGAUAGUACUUCCCUUCUGCUGGUAGUAAUGGUAGCUUUUAAAAGCAAGUCACCCAAAUUACAGGUGCAAUCUAACAUGCUGGAAACUGACCUGAAUUUCUGCAUACCAUCAGGUUUCUUUAGAAAGAUGAGCAGAGGAGGGGAAAAGUGGUGCCAAGGGUAAUUCCAGGAAUUUGAAUGUCACAGGCUCCCCCUAGCAGAGGCACAACUCUUUUCUUGAGCUAAAUACAGUUGAAUCGGUGCAGCAGCAUCAGGGUUCCUGGAGCUUCCUUUGGUGCUGCUGUUUGGUCACGCAUUUUAAAAGCUGAUGGAUAACUCACUAGAGAAACGAAAUUUCAUUAUGGCAUUCUGGCAUUAUCCGUACAGCAUAAACACAUGCUUUAUAAAGAUAGAUAAAAUUGGUGACUUUCGAGGGUUCUGAACCUAAGUGACUAGCUUCAUACAGCAAUUACUUUAAGGUAAGGGAGAGUUAGCAUGGGAUUCAGAUUUCGGAAGAGAGAAUAAAAAAGAGUUCUGCCAUUUGGAGUCACUGCUGAUACUUGAAUCCAGUCCCUUGUACCAUCAAAUGGGGCAAUAUUACCAAAAGGCCAUCGAAUAUAUUUUUUAAAUAUGGGCCCCUGGCAACUCUUUUCAACUCCAGAGCGCCAUGAUCCCACAAAACAUUACAGUCUAACAGGGGACACAGUAGGAAGGUAAGGAUGAGAAGAUGCCGUCCAAGAGCUCUUGUUAAAUAAAGGCCCCCCCAGAAUAUGAAACUUGACGAGUCACAGGUUGUCUUUUGAAGAUACUGCUCCCCUCUGCGUGAAAUGCUCUCCUCCUGAGUCUUCUCACGGCUGCCUUUUCUUCAUCCUUUAGAUUCCGCAUUUGAAAAAUCACGCAAGAGAAGCCUGCCUUCACUGCCUGCGUGAAUAGGUCGUCAUCCCUCCUUGUCCUCUACUGCUCCCCAUUUGGCCCCUUGACAGUGACCACAGUCUGAAACUGCUUGCCUGCCUGUUACCUCUCUCCUCGUUAGACUGGGCCUUCCUCUGGCAGCACCGUGUCCCUUUCAGUGAGCGUCGUAUCUAGUCAAAAAGAGUAAGCAUCUGGUAGCUGUUUGUGAAAAUAUCAGUGAAACCCUGCCCUCUUAAGAACCCAUGAGCUAAACACAGGAGCUGAGUUCAGUCUUGCUCUGCCCAGUGGACCAGCGCUCAGGUCCUGUUCUGUGUAUUAGUCUCCCCACCUGUAACCAAGAGGAGGAGAAACGUGGCUGUCGCCUACAAAGCAGACGCUCUAGAAAGGAGAGGUCAGGAAAGUGUAGCGAGGAAGAUGCUGUACCGUGCUGACCUUUAGCAGAUAGGAGGAUGCUUCACCUCACUUCGCUUCCUUCUCUGCAAAAUGGAGAUCAUGAUCCCUGCCGCUUCUUACAGGGAUGUUGUUGGGAUCAAGUGGGAUGAGUGUUUUGUCAUUUGUGGAACACUUUCCAAAUACAAGACAUUCUAUCAUUAUAUUCUGGAUCUUAACAGUAGAGCCUGAUUAUAAGACUAUUGUAAUAAUGCCCCACAGAGAUCCAGGCUGGAGGGCUCUCUGGGUAUAUGUUGUGACCCCUUUUUAUGAGUGAAGACAGACCUGCGUUAUUAUCAAACAGAUUAUAUGACGGCGGAGCGUCCCUGUGUCACUAAAGGUCGAGGGUCUCAGCUGUUUGAGGAGGUCACAGAAUAGAUCAAUACCUUAAUCCCCCCUCUCCUUUUAGAGGAUGAUAGGACAGAACUGCAAGUAAUAACUCUUUCUGGAGAUUUGAGAGACUGGAGGUUAAAUAGGAACUUUGAUACACUAAAAGUUACCCAAGAAAAACUGUUACCAGCCAACAGAGCCCCAGGACAGUCUGUCUGAGCGCCCCCUGAAGACCUGGGCUCCAUAGUGGCUCAGAUCAUCUGUCGGCGGGGUGUGUGGGAGAACCUGGCUCAAGCCUGGAGCCUGGGCCCCUCAGCUCUGUGCCUCCAGUCGCUUGUCUGUAAAUGAGGGUAGUCGCAGGCACCCAGCUCCCAGGGCUGCGGAUUAAAUUAGGUAAUACACAGAAAGCACUUAGAACAAUGCCCGUCAGAUAAGCAUCCAGGGAGCUAGUGAUUAUGCUUGCUGGGUUUCUGUUCACUGUAACAAUCCCAGGUUAUCCACUGGGUGACUUAAACGCUCGUUAAGUAAAUUUGAAGUUUGAAAGAUACGCUUCCCAUCAUUAGACUAUUGUGCUCAUCGUCAUUAAGAUUUGAAUAGAAAUCCUGUAUCUCCUACAACUGGAAACCUACCAUGCACGUGUCUGAAAGGAAUAAUAUUUUCCCCUCCAGUGUGUCUGUGUGUUCUGCUGAUGCUAGCGGUGCUCUGUAGGGAAGGGACAAAGGACAAAAGCAUCUGUUCUUGCCGCGGGGUGUUUCUGCUGUGUCACCAGGGCCGUGUGGGAGACGGCGGGAGUCCAGAGGCUGGCAGUGACCAUGGAGUUGAAUAAAUAGGUUUUCCAUUGGCUUGCCAUUUCUUAAAAUACUUAGCUAGAAAAUAUUCUGAAUUAUUCCUGAACUUAGGUCAUCCAGCUUUGACUGUGACAGAGUGAAGGUGAAUAUUCUCCUGGUCACGUUGGUUUUUACCACGUACCAAUGGGCUCUUGUGUGCCAGGUCUGGGGCUGCAGGAGGACAAAAUAUGUCCAUUCCCACUGCACUGGGCCCCUCAUGUCUUCACAGAAACCACUGAGUUUCCUUCCAUGUCAUUAACUUCGUUCAACACCCUUGUAGAUCAUCUGGGCAUUCAGGGUGAAGCUGUUGAUGCUUCCACAGAGCGGCCCCUACCUUGCGGCCCCCUCUCUUCCUCUCCCCUCCGCCCUCCGCCAGAUCACACCUGUUAAAAUCCGAGCAACACCCUGAAUUAAAGCCAGUGAUUUUUGAAGAGCCUUCUGCUUUCAGUGAAUCAACUCAGACCACACAACACCAUAGCAGUUAUGAACAUGGAAUGUGUUAGGAGAGGAGCAAAUCAGUAAGUUUUCUCAUAUUCCUAAUGAAAAUGAAAACCCUCUAGAACAGCCAGACUGAAUGUUCAGUGCAGAUCGCUCGGCCAUUAGUGCUAUAGACACUGAUCACAGGAGAAAUAGUGAGGCUUGGUUUGGUUUUCUUUUUUCACUUUCCCAAAGGUGACUAUUUUAGACAUUUUCAGAAUGAAAGAUGAGUUGGUUUCUUUAGGGGGUGGGGGGUGCAGAAUCUAAAAUCCUGGUAUUUGUCACAGUCUGAAGUCUGUUUCUUUUUUCUCAGAUUUUGGCUCUAAAUAGAGUUACCUGAUAUCUCCCUGGAUAUGGAAAUUGUUAGGGAGGUAAUUGUUAAAUGCAGCUGAGGAGACCAUUUAUCACUCUGAAUAAACAGAAAUCAGGUUCUUAAACCAGAUUGAAAGAAGGAAAUUACAUCACACUUUUAAAUAAGGAAGCACUGAGUAGAACUGGAUGAGUCGUGUGACAAAAAUGUGCCCCUCCCCCUCUUGUGGAGUGCUUCUGAGAUUUAUUAAUGAGAUCUGUGGCCAGGUAAGCAUAUCUAGGUUACUGUCUUAAGGUAGCCUGUUUUUUUUUAAAGAACAGUAUCAAAGAGGUUAUCCUCAAACCAAAAACAUGUGAUUUCACCUAUUUAAUAAAGAAUGUGGAACAUGCUUUUGGGUGUAUCCCCCCCCUUUUUUUUUUAGGAAAAUGAACUUAAAUUUAGCAGCAAAAACACAGUAGGUGCCUUAUAAUCCAGAAGAGAAGGUGACAUUGUCGUUAGGAAGCCCCCACCUGAUUGCUUUAAGCAAGCAUGUAGUAACAGCUGCUAGUUUGGAAAGUUACAGUGUUAACCAUUUAAGCCUCUAAUCUUUUUACUACCCAGUCUCAAAACCGUCUGCUUUGGGCUUUGGAAAUGAAUUUAGUGAGCAUUCCUUGCUGGCUCCAUGUCCCUAGACUUGUAUUAUAAUUGAGCAGUGUCACCAAAUGUUAAGUUUAUCCCUUACAAGUCUGUGCUUUUUCCCUUCUUCACUGAUUUUUAUUAUAAAUUACAUGAGUCUUUCAUGUAAUUACUUUUUUUAAAAAGAAAUGAGGUGAAUGUUUUCUGAGUCCACUUAAUAAGCACGUGUUGGAGAUGAAUGAGGCCAGGAUCUGUUGGAGGAGAGGAGGCGGAGAGUCCUGUUUUAGAAAAUCAGGAUGACAGAAGGGGACUAGGGCACAGCACAGAAUAAUCAGGCCCCGGAGACACUUCUCUGGCUUUUCCGGAGGAAGCAGGUUCACGGAGAAGAUAGCUUGAGAAGCCGCCCUAAAGGAUACGUUGAUUUCUAACAGCAGUUUGGGGAAAGGAGAAGCAAGAGCUUGAAAAAGGUGGAAGGGGGCCUUGUUCCUGAGGCCUUCAAUGGCAGGCUGAGCGGCAUGUAUGGAGAAGCCUUUGAAGGUCUUUGAGCAGCGGAAGAUCUAAGCUUGAGCUUAGGUUAGGUCAGGGACAGAGAUCCAGCGUGAAGGGUGGAUUGAGGAUCUUCAUAGCCGAGGCAGAUUAGGACAGAAGGAAGAUAGAUUUGAGGAAAACAGCAUAGAAAUAAGCUCUGGCCCUUGGUGAUCCAACACACGUCUGCUGUGGCUCAGGAUAAAAGUGGUGCCUUUGGGAGACGUGUGAUCUGCUUAGACCGUGAACUAGUUUGGGAAGGGAGUGUGGCAAAAGGGGUUUGGUUUGUGGAGUUCCAGAUGCCAGGGGACCAUCCAAGUGGAAAGGUAAUCACCAGACAAUAGGACAUACAAAGUGGAGGCUUGAGCCAGGGCUGGACCUGGGAUUCAGGAGCUGUGAUGCGGGGUUGAAGCCCUCUACAGGGAUCAGAACUCAAGGCGGGGCCCAGGUUGUUAGGACAGAAAGUAAAGGGGCAACCUCAAGAAACAGAUGGUUUUAGGGUUGUCCUUUGGUUUUCCUUGAAUUAAAAAAAAAAAAAAUCAAGUGAUGUUAAUAGGAAAAAGGAGUUCACACCUGCCAUUGGUAUCGAACAGCAUUUUCAACCCUAAAAGGCUAAAGAUUAGUCCACAUAUUUCAGAAGAGCUACCAUGCCCAAGAUUAUGGAGACCCUGGUCAGUGUGCUAGGCUGCCCAGAUUCCCAUCAGGUUUCGUGUUUCUGCAUUUCAUCACCCAGUGUCAUCUUGGACUUGUAGAUCCUGGUUUUUCCCAGGGCGGGGGGAGCGGGGUAUCUUUUGCAGUUGUUUUCCUAAUGAAUCGGAAGGCAGAGCUCAUUUUACACAUGUAAGGGGACAAAACUCACAACGCAGCAGUAUCAGCUUAAGUUUCCUUGAGCUCCGCACACGUUUCUUUUAACUCAGGGUUGACCGAUGGAUGGAUCCACCACCCCUACUCUAAGGAGUACAUAUAUUGAAUGCUUCUAGAGUUUUUUGAGAGGCGUAAAAGAAUUCCAGGUGGUUCUGUCCCACACCCACAGUUUAUUGCCUGGGGAACACCCUGUAGAAGUUGGCUUCUGGACCCCGAGCAGGCUGCCCUCCUGGGAGUCCACUGUGGGGGGAGUUAUUCUCCAGAAGGAGAGAGAGAGAGCAGCGACACUGCUGCGGAGCUCCCCGUGCGAGCCAGUGGGAGGUUUGGACAGUUUCAUAACACAGCCCAUUCACAAUUCCCCAUUGAAAUGUAGAGGCAGGUCACCUUCGAUGAAUGCACAAAGACACUAUUGUGGUUACAAGCGAGCUGCCUUAGUGAACACAAUUCUUUUUAUACUAAAAAAAAAAAAAAAAAAAAAAUUUUUUUCCCUUUAAGAAAGCUAACAAGUAGGUGACAGAAACAAUGACCGAAAAAUAACUUUUUAUAGAACAUAUACAGGAUGUUAAGGGACCAUUGACAUGGAGGGCCAGGAUUCCGAGGCCAUUUCAGCAGAGGCGAUGGUUACACAAUCACUCUGUUGAAAGCGAAGAUUUAGAUGGCAUUAGGAGUCUGACACACAGUAAUUACUGGUAGUUCUUGUUGGCCUGCAGACAGGUGGGGGCUGGGCCUCCACAGUCCCCCGCAGCACUUUCCUGUAAUCUGGAUGGGCGAUCUUCAAACGUGUGCUUUCAAACCACUUAAAUACCAUAUUCUUCUUCCUCUCUGGCCUUUCAUUUUUCUAUCACCGCAGAUACGCUCCCUGUCGUCCUGCCCGCGCUUGCAGAUCUCUUAGGAAGAGCACUCUAAACCACCAGGCAGGGACAGAGAAGAAGUGUCUAGCAAAUCUUUUUCCAAAACUUGUGUUUAAAAUUUUUUUCUUAGAGCUUAAACUGAAUUCAAAGGAAGUAAAAACACAUUUCGCUGUUUUAAAACCAACCCUCAAAAACAACAGAAAAGACCUCCCCUAAAUAACUUAGAUUUCUGAAAUGAUGGGUUCCCCCCCACUCUUCCUUAUUUUUAGAGACUGAUGAAAGAUAAAUUUUGACUAUUAGAAAUAAUAUUUCAAACCUAUUAAGUCUCUGCCUGGUAUAUUCACACAGCUGACUUUGGGAGAGUAAAAAAGCUGAGAAGUGGUAAUUGGGCCCCCUGGUCCUUUGUCACUGAAACAAUACCUUCUCUACAUUGCUUUUUAUAAAAAAUAUAUAUAUAUCUAUAUUUGCAGAGUGUUGUUUAGACCCUUAACUUAAAAACAACUCUGUGCCUUACAUAUUGUAUACAUUCAGUUGAUAUUGACAAUGCUAAUAGUUUGAUGGCGUUGUUCAAACAUACAUUCAACAAACGUCUACUUACCCAGCACCUGCUCCUGUUCAGGUGGUGAUAAUUAAUAACUGGGACACAGCUUCUUUCCUGAGCUCAGAGUCCUGUAGUGGGUGACAGACUGGUCCCUAAAACAGAACCCUGGCCCAUGUGCCACUUCCCUCUGCUCCGCACACUCAUCUCUCUCGUACUCACGUCGCCCACAGCCCUCAGCGCAGCACCCAGCUCUCGGUUUGUGCAGACACAGUUGCCGAGAGGAUGAGAACGGACCAUAAAGUGUAUCUACACGUCAUAGAAGGGGUCAUUGUGACACAGAGGGUCGACAGGGUAUGUUCUCAACUUGUUCUAAGCAGAUAGGAGUAUCUGAAGAGGGGGCAGAGACGUGUGCUAAUCAUGAGUAUACCUUGCCAAUGGAUACAGGAAACUGAAGUGAGGCAGUGGGGACUGAGGGGAGAGGGGGGCUCCAGAAACGUGGCAUCCGACCGGGGUUGGAGGGGUCUGAAGAGAGGGGCGGCUGGAGUAGGAGAAGUUGCACUGACUUGGCCUCUGUCGCCCGUGCCUUGCAGCGAGGCAGCACAUAAAUUACUAGGCACUCCACCGGGGAGAAUGCAGAGAAUGCAGACCGCAGUUUGCCUUCAGAAGGGAGGAGGAUGCUGUCCAGGCCUCUGCCCGAAGCCGGUCAUCCUGCAGAACUUGAUUUUUUUUACAGGAGAACGGGAAUGAGUGUCCUCUGUGUGUGAGGACUUCUUGAUUCCUGCACAAGUAGUGACUGGAGAAUUUGUCUUCCCGGGGCCCAUCUCCACCCCCACCCCCCACCCCUGAAAUACAGAAUCUAAAUAAGUGCUGGGCUUGUGGGGUCACCAAGUGACAGCUGUAGACCCUCUGCUUCAUCAAAGUGUUGGGUCUUCGUGAACAGGGGUGCUUCCAUAUUGAACACAGUAAUUCCUGAAAUGACUUUCUUAGCUUGGGACAGGGUGGGGUGCAGGGAGUAGGGAAUGAGCUCCACACUCAGUGCAACCACACACGGGCAGGUCGGUCUACUAGGAGGUAGGAGAGACGUCUGUGUGAGGCCUCUGUGUGUGCACUUGUCUGUUCCCUCACGCCCAACCUCAAGGUCUGCCCUGGCCCGAGAUGGACUGUUUCUCAUUGGCUGAAAACAUCUCAAAUCUUAGUAUUUCCGCAUGCAUGCUAAGUUACUUCAAUCAUAUCCGACUCUCUGCAACCCUGUGGACUGUAGCCUGCCAGGCUCCUCAGUCCAUGGGAUUCUCAGGGCAAGAAUACUGGAGUGGGUUGCCAUUGCGUACUCCAGGGCAUCUUCCCAACCCGGGGAUCGAAUCCACAUCUCUUAAUGCCUCCUGCAUUGGCAAGGAGGUUCUUUACCACUAGUGCCACCUGGGAAGCCUGUAUUUACCACCACCACCCCCCCAAAAAGACUUUUAAUGUCUGCAUUUAAGUAACCUCGUGAAAAGUAAGAACUCAGGAGUGUUACGACGUGCUGCAGUCCAUGGGAUCGCAAAGAGUCGGACACAGCUUGGUAACUGAACAGCAGCAACAGCAAAUAUAAGUCUGUAACUGGAUGUUUCUGUUCCGCAGGCCCUGAAAUUCUCUUCCCCUCGAGUUCCUCGUGUUUUGGGGUUGUUUACACUGCUCUUAACCUCCUCUGUACCCUCCCCUCCCCCCAACCAGGGAAUGAAAGCCACUGGUUGACUGUACGCGUCCCUGGGCAUCACAAAUCUGAAGACGUCCCAGAAUAAGGCACCAUGUCCAUGGCAGGAGUGGCUGCUCAGGAGAUCAGAGUCCCAUUAAAAACUGGGUUUCUGCACGAUGGCCAAGCCUUGGGAAGCCUGAAGGCCUGCUGGGGUGGCCGCAGCGAGUUUGAGAACGGCUUUUUGAACAUCGACCCCAUAACCAUGGCCUACAGUCUGAACUCGCGGGCGCAGGAGCAGCUAACCUCCAUCGGGCGCACCUCCAGAUCCAGCCCGAUGAGCAGCAGCCACUGUGCAGAGCAUGGGCCCCCUCUGAGGUCUCGCCUACCUCCCCUCAUCAUCCCCCCAAGUGAAGGCUGGGGGCAGCAGGAGCAGGACCGGGUGGCGUGUGGACUGAAGAAGCUGGCGGUGAACGGGGUCUGUGCCGCCACACCCCCGCUAACCCCCGUCAAGAGUCCCCUGACCCUCUUCUCCAGCUCAGCACCCUGCGAGCGGGGCUCCCGGCCCCUGCCACCACUGCCCAUCUCCGAGGACCUGGCCCUGGACGAGACAGACUGCGAGGUCGAGUUCCUCACCAGCUCGGACACGGACUUCCUUCUGGAAGACUGCGGGCUCUCCGACUUCAGAGCUGACGGCCCUGGCAGGCGCAGCUUCCGAGGCUGUGGACAGAUCAACUAUGCAUAUUUCGACACCCCGACCGUCUCCGCCGUGGAUCUCAGCCAGGAGCCUGACCAGGCAGCCGGGGCGCCGAGUGCCAACCCCCCUCCGCCCCAGGCCCACCGGAGACUGAGGAGGUCUCACUCAGGCCCCGCGGGCUCCUUCAACAAGCCGGCCAUCAGGAUCUCCAGCUCUGUGCACAGGGCUUCUCCCAAUUCCGACGACGACAAGCCUGAAGUUCCCCCUCGGGUCCCCAUCCCUCCCCGGCCGGCCAAGCCAGACUACAGAAGGUGGUCGGCCGAGGUCACCUCCAGUACCUAUAGCGAUGAGGACAGGCCCCCCAAAGUCCCACCUAGAGAGCCCUUGUCCCGGAGCAACUCCCGCACCCCAAGCCCCAAAAGCCUCCCAUCUUACCUCAACGGGGUCAUGCCCCCCACGCAGAGCUUUGCCCCCGACCCCAAGUACGUGAGCAGCAAAGCCCUGCAGAGACAGCACAGCGAGGGGGCUGCCGGCAAGGCACCCUGCAUCCUGCCCAUCAUUGAAAAUGGGAAGAAGGCAAGCUCCACGCACUACUACCUGCUCCCUGAGAGGCCACCCUACCUGGACAGAUUCGAAAAAUUUUUUAGGGAAGCAGAAGAAACACACGGGAACACCCCCGUCCACCCACUCCUGGCCAAUGGCAGUAUCUCUUCAGCCCCAGAAAAGCUGGACCUAAAGCCACGAGUGGACCCGGGAGGCCAUGUGAAGCGCAAACAUUUCUCCUAUGUGGUUUCUCCUUAGACCCUGGAGUCGCAGCUCAGCAGAGGUGCCAUGGGAGCAAGUGGUUCUCUCGCAGUUCCCCAGACCUGUCAAGGUUCCCCAGGAAAAUAGUCCAGAUCACAGGAUCAGAGAGUCGAACUCUCCGUCUGAAUGGGAAGGGCUUAGAGAGUCGGGAGGUGCUGAGGUGCUGAGCAUCCCUGACCGUGUGAGCGUCAGAGAAAAGUCUGCUCAAGCCUGUCAUUUAAAGGUGCGCUGCAGGGAGGAAGGACAAGGGACACGCAUAUGUGUGCACGUUAGACGCCUGCAUCUACACUUGUGGUAAAAUCAUAGAUUCUAGUUGCAAGUUAACCCAGUAGUUCCUGUCUUAGAGUAAUAUAUAUUUAGAACAAUAAAAACUCAAGCUGGAGGAUGGCUCCUGAGAGACUGAAAAUUGAGCAAAUGGGAGAGAAUACAGUAUUGUUUAGCUCCGAAUCAUAAAAUAUUAUAUAUAUAUAUAUUAUUUUUUGCAUAAUAAGGUUGAAGAUUGCCAGCUCUGAGGCCUGUUCUGUUUUGUUUCAUUUAUUUUUACAAGCAGUUUUUCCAUGGAGGGCAGGCCGUACAUUCUUUCCAUGACUUUACCUGCCUGGUUUAAGUCGUCCUGAGACCUAAAUCCUGUAGGUCUUGCUGGAGGGGUGGCAGCACCUUUGGUACUGUAUUCGAACCUGUCUGGGUCUCAUAAAAAAUGGGAAGGUAACAGAAUAAGUCAUUUUUCCUUACCAUUCCUUCUCUGUUCCACCCCCAGGAAACGCAGGACACAUGGGGAAAAGCAAACUGUUGGCCAGUGUUGAGGAUGUCAGUUGAAGCAAUAAUGAAACAGUCAGCUGUUGGGUUGAGAGUAUCUGUGUGGAGAUGUGUGUUGUGGGUUUCUUUUUUUUUUUCCCCUCCCCUAUUAUAGUUGCAUAUGAAUAAACAAAUACAACACAAGCUGGCCUUGUGUUGCUGGUUCCUCUUCAGUAUUUCCUGGGGAUUAUUUGCUUUCUAAGUAAAACCCUUCUGACCAAUAGCCCAGUAUGUCUUAAGACCGGAGGUCACAUCAUCUACUUUGGAAAUUCUCACGGCAGGCUGCUCCGCUUGGAUCUGGUGAGACACAGAGCUUGUGUUCCACUUUCACAUGCUUCGCUGUAUUUAUCUCGUGUAGAGCAGCACAGAAGAAAUGGUGCUCAUUAACAGAAGUACCUUACUACAAUGUUCUCCACAUUAAACAAGCUGUUUACAGUUUAAACUGCUGAGUGAUGUUAUUUGAGCUAUUUAAAGCUUAUAUUUUAGUAUGAACUAAAUGAAGGUUAAAACAUGCUUUAGAAAAAGGCACUGAUUUCUGCAUUUAUGUGUACAGUAUUGGACAAAGGAUUUUAUUCAUUUUUUGUUGCAUUAUUUUGAAUAUUGUCUUUUCAUUUUAAUAAAGUUAUAAUAUUUAUGACACCGUUAA